GCUGUUGUUACGUCAUAAAGCCGCGAUUCAUCGGUCUGUUCUGUUUCAGGUCUGGUCAUCACUACCACACAGUGAUUGUGAAUCCACUCCCAAAGCAAUUCACCAAUAAAUGCUCUGAAUAUUCCUGUCAUCUUUGAACUGAAGAAGAGUUUCCAGAGGAGCAGGACAAAUUUCAAAUGUAAAAACAGUUUCUGACAUACUGCUGCAAAGAUGGAUUUUAUUAAAGAGGAGAGAGAGGACAUGGUUUAUCCAGAACCACACAGAGAGAAAAAUGAAGAAACUGAGGAACAAAUAGGCCUGAUGGAAGUAAAAGUGGAAAGUCAAGAACUGAAUGAAAAGGAGAAACAUCAGGAUCUUCAUACAUCCAUAACUGUAGAUAAAUCAUUUUGUUUCUCAAAUACUGAAAAUAUUUCCUCACAACAAACAACUCAAAGCACAGAAGACACAAAUUAUUUCACCUGCCCUCAUUGUGGAAAGAGUUUCACACGUAAAUUAACCCUAAUGGAACACAUAAGAAUUCACACUGGAGAGAAGCCUUUCACAUGUCCUCAGUGUGGGAAGAGAUUCAGACAUAGAAUAACCCUAAAGGAACACAUAAGAAUUCACACUGGAGAGAAGCCUUUCACAUGUCCUCAGUGUGGGAAGAGCUUCAGACAAAAGACAAGCCUUAAUGCCCACAUGAGAGUUCACACUGGUGUGAAGCCUUACACUUGCUAUCUGUGUGGAAAGAGUUUCAGACAAAAAGGAUGUCUUUAUGUCCACAGAAGAGUUCACACUGGAGAGAAGCCUUACACAUGCACUCAGUGUAGAAAGAGUUUCCCACAGAAAGAAAGCCUUAAAAAUCACAUGAGAGUUCACACUGGAGAGAGGCCUUUCACAUGCUAUUUGUGUGGACAGAGAUUCAGAUAUGUAAAUAGUGUUCAAAAUCAUAUUCAGUCUGUGCACAUUGGAGCAAAGUCAUUAAACUGUGAUCAGUGUGAUAAAAGUUUUAGCUUGGAAUCAGACCUGAAGACACACCUGAAAAUUCACAAGGACCCCCAAUUGUGUUCUUUUUGUGGAGAGAGUUUUUCAUGCCCGCACCGUUUUAAUGAGCACCAGAAAAUUCAUACUAGUGGGAAAGCUCAUGUGUGCCCUGAGUGUGGCGAUGCCUUUGCUGGUGCCGGCAACUUGAAGAUACACCAAAGAAUCCAUAUUAAAGAAAAACCUAACAGCUGUUCAUAAUGUGAAUAGAGUUUCACUCAUUCAGGAGUCCUGAAAAUGAAUGGAGAGAAUCCAUACCACCAGCCUUCUUGUGGGAAAUGUUUCCAAGUACCCAAUCAACUCAUUUUAAAAAAGCAUUGUGGAAAAAUGUCUCGGUAAGCUCUUCUUCAGGUUCAUCUUCACGUCCAAUGCUUUAAACUGUGUAAAUUUCAGGUAAACCUUAAGAUAAAUGAAAUUUUUGGUAGAAAUUCAAGAGUUUUUAGGAACACCUUUCUUUUGUGAUUGGGUAGUUGUAGUAAUAGAAAUAGACUUUUAGAAAUGUAUAUUAUUGUAAUGUCUCCUUUCAUUUUAAUUUUUGUUACAUUUUGUUCACUGUUGAAAGGUGCUGAUGCAUUGAGAAUAAAAUGUAACAGACUUUCUUGCAUUAAAAUCAAGAUUAUAGAAGCGUAA